CUUGCUCACUCUGACUUCGGCUCCCAUCAGCAGUCUGCAACCGGCUGAUCUGAAAGUCCUGCUGAAGUCGACAUCGUCAAGGACUUGAAGCGUGCGGGUGGUCCCGUGUGGAGAUGUGGUCCAACUUCUUGGUCCCGCAAGACGAGGACGGCCGCCUCGGGGUGGCGGGCGGCGGCCAAGGCGGGGCUCCGCCCGGCAUCAAAGCGGGACGGGGCCAGAGGCGGAGCCAGAAGAUGAGCGACAGCCAGGACGGGAAGAUCAAGCUGGUGUUCCUGGUGUGCCUGGUGGGCGUGACGCUGACGGUGCUGGGCGUGGGGACGGAGUUCUGGGCGGAGUUGUCCCAGCCCAAGAACUUUGGCGGCAACCGGACGUGUCACGUGGCGCACUACGGCCUGUGGAAGGCCUGCGUGCGCACCCUGUGGGUGGCCGACGUGGACCCGGACAGGGACAACUGCGGCCCCGCCGAGCUGCCGGGAGAAUCCAACUGCACCUACUUCAGGUUCUUCACCUCGGGGGAGAACGCCGUCAUAUUGAAGAAGACCACCAACAAAAACUUAAAUCUCGCGGCAGCCAUCUUGGCGCUCCUCAGUCUGACGGCGAUGGCGAUGGGCUCCAUCUGCAUCAUCAUGACCCUCAGCAAGGGCGUGUCCUUCUUCCUCAAGCCGGCAUCCUUCUGCUUCAUCCUUUCAGGCGUACUGGUGCUGGUCUCCAUCCUGAUCUUCCACCAGUCCGUCCUGGCUUUGCUGUCCAGCGAGUCCAGCGUCCCUCUGGAGCACCGCCUCUCCUGGUCCGUGGCCUGCGUGGGCUCGGCGGGGGCCGUCCUCAUCUUCGGGGGGCUGCUUUUCGUCCUGCUUUCGCUUCCUCUCAGUCCGUGGCGCAAGUGCCUACCACACAAGAACAGCGCCACCUAGGACACGCCCCCGACACGCCUUCACGCUGCGUUCCCGCCAUCAUAUUUAUUUUCCAUACGCUUUACUAGCUACUAGCACAACAAACCUUUAUUGUCAUUGAUCACCUAUUUAGUACACAUUUCCUUCAAUGUUGGCCUCUUCUCAAAUUGAUGCCAUGCCUUAAUAAAAAAAUCAU